GACGGCGACGCGGUCUCUCACUCCUACUCACCAACGCGUGCCCGGACCAAUCCGCCGCCGCACAGCCUCCGCGCCUCCUUUCAAGACCGCGCUCUUCAGUCCGUGUCCGCGACCCGACCCGUCGGUGCGUCGUCGUUCGUCCUGCUGUGCAACCGAAUAAUCCCCGUCCCCGUCGUCGCAACACUCGCAACGACUGGCGAAUAAUUCGCAAUAAAAAUAAUAUACGGUCGAAUAAUAAUAUUGUUUUAAUUUAUUAAUUUCUUACUAACCACCUAAUCCAUUCGACACGCCGCUCGUGCACGGCAUUCGAUUUUUGUGCGCGUGAUUUUUCGUCUGUACGCGAAAAGGAUAUCGUCGACAUCGUCGCCCAAGGGCUGCGUUUAAUUAAAUUUAUAGAACCGAUAAGGCGCCCGUGGCUCAGUCCGAACCGGCAUAGCAGCGCAUUGCACGCGAUAUUAGCGCUCGCCGACUUCAGCUAUUCGGUUUUAUCCAGUAGGCACAGAUCCCGCGGGGACGUAGUGCGUCGUGGAAAAAUAAAAAUCCCGAAUGCUCCGACGGUCGCGCUAACCCGUUCGUAUAAUAUACAUAAUAUAUAGGUAUAUAUAGAUACCGUCCGCGUCGCGUCAGAACGGUGUAACACGCUCCUGUCACGAAUCGUAUUAUCCAAUCGACUAUGUCGUGUGACGAGCGAUGCGCCCGUGUAACCGCAGUCCGUGCGCUGUGAUAACAUGUUAUCAUGAAUGCGGUUUUCCCGUCCGUUUUUCUCCGGCGACUAUGGCGGUGCAGGCUGUUGCUAGUUGCCGUCCUGGUGUUCCACGCGGCCACGGCAACAGCGGCCGGCGUCGAGAAAACGUCCGAAUUCGUCAAAGGAAAAAUAUGUAUUGGUACCAACGGUCGUCUGUCCGUGCCAUCAAAUCGGGACCACCAUUACCGGAACCUAAGAGACCGUUACACCAAUUGCACUUAUGUGGAUGGCAAUCUGGAAUUGACGUGGUUACAGGACGAACACUUGGAUCUGAGUUUUUUACAACACAUACGAGAAGUUACCGGAUACGUUCUGAUCACUCAUGUGGACGUCAACAAAAUUGUGUUGCCUCGGCUGCAAAUCAUUCGAGGCCGAACUCAAUUCAAAUUGGCCGUCAAGGAAGAAGAAUUUUCAUUACUGGUCAUGUUAUCAAAAAUGAACAAUCUCGAAUUGCCAGCUCUCAGAGACAUAUUGGCUGGCAAUGUGGGCAUGAUCGAUAACUAUAAUCUGUGCCAUAUGCGCACCAUUAACUGGGAUGAGAUCAUCACUGGGCCGGGGGCCAAGUGGAUGUACAUGUAUAAUUUCUCGAACUCUGAACGAGAAUGCCCACCUUGUGACAAGUCGUGUACGGGCGGUUGUUGGGGUGAAGGUCCGCACAAUUGUCAAAAGUUCUCAAAGAUCAACUGCAGUCCCCAAUGUUACCAGGGCCGAUGUUUUGGACCGAAACCUAGAGACUGCUGUCAUUUGUUUUGUGCCGGUGGUUGUACAGGACCAAAGCAGAGUGAUUGUCUCGCAUGUCGAAAUUUUUACGAUGAUGGUGUAUGCACUCAAGAAUGUCCGGCGAUGCAACGUUAUAAUUCCAUAACUUACUCCUGGGAAACAAAUCCAAAUGGGAAGUAUGCUUAUGGCGCAACUUGCGUAAAAAACUGCCCAGAACAUUUGCUUAAAGACAACGGAGCGUGUGUGCGAAGUUGUCCACCAAAGAAAAAAGCUGUUAAUGGUGAAUGUGUGUUGUGUGACGGCCCAUGCCCGAAAACUUGUGAAGGCGUAGCCACAAUCCAUGAUAGCAACAUUGAGGGUUUUAAAGACUGUACCGUAAUCGAAGGUUCAUUAACUAUCUUAGACCAAACAUUCAAAGGUUUCCAACAAGUUUUUGCAAACUUUAGUUUCGGCCAACGUAUCAAAGCUAUGAAUCCUGAUCGUUUAGAAGUAUUUAGCACAUUAAAAGAAGUAACAGGCUACAUAAACAUCCAAGGAUCACAUGAAGAUUUUAAAAAUCUGUCAUACUUUAGGAAUUUGGAAGUAAUCGGUGGUCGUACUGUUACCGAAUACUUUGCAUCAUUGUAUAUUGUAAAGACUUCAUUAACUUCAUUGGGUUUGCGUUCAUUAAAGAAAAUUCAUUCUGGGAGCGUUGCAAUAUUAGAAAAUAAAAGACUGUGUUACGCCCAAACUAUAGACUGGGAAUCGAUAAAAAAAUCUUCAGAACAUCCAAAGCUCUUGCAAAAUAACAAAAAUGAAUCUCUUUGCAUUUUAGAAAAUGAAAUAUGUGACCCGGAGUGUUCAAAACAAGGUUGCUGGGGCCCAGGACCGCAUCAGUGUUUGUCUUGUAGGAACUUUCAGUACGACAAUCGGUGUCUACCGAACUGUAGUCAUGUACCUGGGCUAUACGAGGCUGGUGACAAGACCUGUGCAGCAUGUCAUCCAGAAUGUGACGGUGGUUGUCACGGACCCGGUCCUGAACACUGUACAUCAUGCCGCAAUCUCCUCGACGGUAUUCACUGUGUAUCUCAGUGUCCACUAAAUAAAUACAGUGCUAACCAGUCCAGACCUAGUGAGUGUUUGCCCUGCCAUUUGAACUGUGUUGGAGGUUGCGGUGGACCAGACAAUACAAUUGGACCUAAUGGUUGCCGAUCUUGUCACAAAGCUGUUCUCAAUGCUGAUGCUUCAGUUGAGAGAUGUCUACACAAGAAUGAAACCUGUCCAAAUGGUUACUAUUACGAAUGGGUUGGACCGUUGGAGCAAGGUGGUGCUGCUUUGCGUGCGUUGGCCGGCAAAGCUGUAUGCAGAAAAUGUCAUCCACGGUGUUUGAGGUGCACAGGUUUUGGGUUCCAUGAUCAGGUCUGCCAACGUUGCGCGGGCUACAAACGUGGAGAUCACUGCGCAGACGAUUGUCCAAUCGAGUAUUAUGCCACUACUAACAAGUUGCCGAAUGGAGAAAUAGAACGAGAAUGCAUGCCAUGUGAUAUUCUAUGUAGAGGAUGUUAUGGGCCACAUGCAUCUCAGUGCCAAGCGUGUAGACAUUUCAAAAUAUUUGAGCCCAGCGGCAAUCCUUCAGAUAACCAUACAGCGUUCAACUGCUCUGGUCCUAUUUGCCCGUCUUUUGCUCCAUACAAAGUCUACACCAAGGACGAUCCAGAUCCAUAUUGUUCAGCUGACGACGUUAGAAUGGCUUCUAAACUUAGUGAUUCGGAGCAAAUACCGUUGAUCCUGAGCGCGGUUGUAGUGUUUACGUUUUUGGUGAUGGUAUUACUCAUGAUUCUUGUAUGGCACUGGCGAAGACGCGCACGAGCCAAAGAAACGGCAGUGAAAAUGACAAUGGUGCUUACGGGUAUGGAGGAUAAUGAACCACUAAGGCCUUCAAAUGUUAAACCCAAUACAGCCAAAUUAAGGAUAGUCAAAGAAGUAGAUCUAAGAAUUGGCGCCGAACUUGGAAAUGGAGCUUUUGGAGUUGUGUACAAGGGCGUCUGGGUUGUUGAAGGCGAGAACAUUAAAAUACCUGUGGCAAUCAAAAAGCUACACAAAAAAGAUGAUACGUGUGGUUACGAGAAUACCAGUAAAGAAUUCUUGGAUGAAGCUUACAUAAUGGCUAGUGUCGAGCACGACAAUCUAGUUAAGCUGUUGGCCGUAUGUAUGACUUCUGAAAUGAUGUUGGUUACUCAGCUCAUGCCACUCGGGUGUCUGUUGAAGUACGUACGAAACAACAACGAUAAGAUUGGUUCAAAAACAUUCCUAAAAUGGUGCACACAAAUAGCCAAAGGCAUGGCGUAUUUGGAAGAAAAACGACUAGUGCAUAGAGAUCUGGCAGCCCGAAAUGUGCUUGUGCAGAACACCAACUGCGUGAAGAUCACCGAUUUCGGUUUAGCCAAACUCUUGGAUGUUGACCAGCUAGAGUACACUGCCGAUGGUGGUAAGAUGCCUGUCAAAUGGCUAGCGCCGGAAUGCCUUAAGUACAGGGUGUUCACGCAUAAAAGCGAUGUAUGGGCGUUUGGUAUUACCGUAUGGGAAUUGUUGACUUACGGCAAACAACCAUAUGAAACAGUAGACAAGAAAGAAGUUUUAGGUUUACUGGAGAAAGGCGAACGAUUACCGCAACCUCCUAUUUGUACUAUUGAUGUUUACAUGGUAAUGGUUAAAUGUUGGCUAAUAGAAAAAGAUAGUCGGCCUAGUUUCGAAGAACUUGCUGACGAAUUCGCCAAAAUGGCAAUCGAUCCGGGUAGAUACCUGGUCAUACCGGGUGAUCGUUACAUGAGGUUGCCGUCAUACUCCUCGCAGGAUGAAAAUGAGAUACUAUCGAACCUGGCGACAGAAGGUGCAGAUAUGAGUAUAAUGGAAGCCGAUGAGUACUGCAUGAACCCAAAAAUGGGCAACAGCAUGCCGGGACCGUCGAGGCUGGGAUCGAGUAGUACGGCGGGUGCCGACAUGCUAGGAUCUAUGCACGGCAGACAUAACUGGGAUCGCGAGCUCAGAAAAUUCGGUGACAUACAUCGACUAGAUUGUGAUACUUCCGACGAUCUCAGUAAUGGAAGCAAGGCACAAGUGGGCACGUUGAAAUUAGACUUGCCCUUGGACGAGGACGAUUACCUAAUGCCGUCCCCAGCCAAUGACGAAAUCGACAAUAAACGUCGGCACGCGCCUGCCAACUAUAUCGAUUUGAUUGGUCACCAACACGCUGAAGAAUACGCAAACGGUAGCCUACCAAGACCUCCUGGUCUGACCAAAAACUACCAACCAGACUUCUUGCCAGUCCAGGUGAGCAGUGUGGACAACCCGGAGUACCAUUUGACCGGUGGCGAACCUUCUGCCGCCGCACCAUCUACAGUCUCCGGUGACGGUAGCGGUUCUGUUGAGGCAUCCUGCGAACCGCAGUCACCCGCGCCCACCCCUAACGGUCGUAGUCUGGAGGACGAGUCUGACCACGAGUACUACAACGACUUUGAUCGGCUGCAAAGAGAGCUUCAGCCGCUCAGACGAAACGAAACAACCGUUUGACGAACGGCUACCAAACCCCACCCACACCCGGUGGCGUCGAACUAUUUUGUAGACGUUUAAGUUUUGUUCUGUUAACUCGUUUUUAAGAAUUAUUAAGACAAUUAUUAUGAAAUGACACAUGAAGCGACAAGUUUUAUUUUAAUUUUAUUCGAUAUAUUAUCAUAAUAUGUGUAUAUAAUAUUGUUUUAUUUAUAUUUUUAUUUUUAAAACUAUUUAUUUGUAUAACGCUGUGCCAUUUUCUAUUCCGACUGUACAUUAUAUUAUUAUUUUUAUUAUCAUUAUCAUUUGAUAACUGUAAAGAAAUAUUUUAUACUAAUUGUAAGGUUCUUGUUAUCGUUAGCGUAUACAACAAUUUUAUUGUGUAAUAUGACUGUGUAGUUUGCCCAUAAUACAAGUAGCAAAACGGAUCAAACAAAGGAACCGUUUUCCUCAGAGUUAAUGUACUUAAAAAUAAAUCAAAAUUGUAUUUACUCCAAAAUGAAAACCGAUUGCCUUUAUGAUAUAUGUGGGCAAACAAAUAUAUGUAUAAAUAUAUUUUUUUAAAGGCUGUGAUAUUUAUUUAAUUUAUGUAAAUAUGUUUUACUCGAAACUAUUCGAAGCAUAUAAAUAUUUUUAUUGUAUUAUUCGCAUACAUGUUAGGUUUAAGAAAACAAUAAACUAUAUAUUUUUUCAUUGUAAUUACUAUUAACUACGGCAAUAUUUUUGUUUUAUUAUACAUUAUAAUAUAGACUUUUACCGAACAUAUUAUGUGCAUGAAUGGGCAUACAUAAUUACCAGCUAUGUAUUAGUUUAUGUUGUGUGACCUAUUCAAACUAUAGAUACCUACUUAUAGGUUGAUACAUGGAGAUUUUUAAACUGACCUGGUGUACUUAUAUAAUAUAAUUUAAACCUUGAUUGUAUAAUUUUUUUUUUUUUUAGAUCUCUUAAUUUUCCAUGUAUCAUUAUAACUUAUAGUUGUAGUUGUUAGAUUAAACAUACAAAAACAAUACUUGCCAUCGGCUACACACAUACUGGGUAUGAAUUUUAACACGUUUGAUCUUUAUGUCUGCUUGUGGUUAGAAUAAAAUACUAUUUUUUAUUAGUUUUUAUAAAUUUACCUUUUACUAGUAAGUGCCAUUUAUUUAAUGUGUUUUCUAUCAUGAAUAUUAGAAAGUGAAUUACUGUACGGUUGCUAUUAUUAUUACAUUUUUUUUUUACUGUAAUGUUAAUCUUUAAUAAGUCUGUUUGGUAGGCGUAUUGUGUGUGAUUUAUAAACUUAUGCGUGUUUAUAUAUAUAUAUAUAUAUAUAUAUAUAUUAUAUUGUGUACUAACACGUAUACUUGUAAUAUUCAUUUUGUAAGUCUGUAAAGUGUCAAUAAAAACAAGUUGAUCAUUAAA